CUUAGGUCUGCUGCCCACAGCACUGCCAUCAUCUGCAGCUCAAUAAAGCCUGGGCUGGAAGCAGCGAGGCUCAGCAUCUCAGCUCCCUCCUCUUGCGUUCUCUCCAGCAGCCUCUCCAGGAGCUCCGUGGCCAUGACACAGCUGCUUCUGCUCCUUGUGGCUCUGCUGGUCCUGGGUCGUGCACCACCAGGGAGAAGUGAAUUCAAACGGUGCUGGAAGGGCCAAGGGGCCUGCCGGACUUACUGCACAAGGCAAGAAACUUACAUGCACCUGUGCCCGGAUGCUUCCCUGUGCUGUCUCUCCUAUGCAUUGAAGCCUCCACCAGUCCCCAAGCCUGAAUAUGAGUAGCUGCUUCUUGCUGUCCAAUAAAACACAGGCUGCCUGUUGUCUCUU